AUGAUAUUACUCCAUGUGCUAUAUUACAUCUGGGCCCUUCUGCUCCUUCCCAUAAUCAAUGCAAAGGAAUUCGUCCCCAAAGUGACCAAGACUAUCGCAGAAGAUUCAUUUCAAAUAUUGAGUUUUGACGAUUCCAACACUAUAGUGAGAACACAGGACAAUGCCAUCACAAUAAGCUUUGAUGAUGGAGAAAAAUGGGAAAAAGUCAAAGACAUCGAAGGUGAGAUCGCCUGGGUCUUUCUCGACCCCUUUAAUAGACAUGACAGGGCCAUUGCCACGGCAUCGGAUUCAUCGAAGUUUUACAUCACCGACGAUCAAGGUAAAUCGUGGAAGUCUAUAACAAUAAAAAGUGAACGCCCCUCAUUUGGUGGUUGUAACUUAAUAACUCAUCCUACGAAGAAAGAGUAUUUUCUUGCAACUUGUAACUAUUGUGAAGAGAUCGAUAACGAUGAACAAACUAGCGCAAGCGAGGAAGACUCACUUAUGAGAUUCAAUGUCACACGUUGUACAGGUAGUACUUUUGCAAGUAAUGACGGUGGGAAAUCUUUCUCUGAAAUCAAGUCCCCUUUGAAAGAGAGCGAAGAAGGCCCAACGAGGUUAUCUCAUUGUAGUUUUGUCAAGACUAGCAAAGAUUCUGACUUGGGAGGUAAUGACGCCUCAAUAAUCUGUCUUUUCCAGAAUGCAAAUGUCUACAGAGGUGAAUCCGAAGCACCUUUCACAGACUCUAAAUUCGUUGUGACCACAGAUUGGGGUAAAUCAAUCAAAGAAUUUGAUCAAUUCAAAGAUAAAGUCGUUGGCAAUUACAAAAUAUUGAAGUCCCAAAUUGUUGUUUUAACUCCGGAUGAUAGAUACAACGAGAUGUCGUCUACGGAUGUCUGGAUAUCCAGAGAUUUGUCAACCUUCCAAAAGGCUUACAUGCCUACCCAAUUAAGGCAUAGUGCCGAAGGAGGAAUCUAUGAAGAUCACUUGGGAAGAAUCAUUCUGCCAGUCAGUAGGGAAAGAAGUGAUCAAGAAGAUGAUAAAGCCACCGUUUCGGAAAUUUUGAUUUCUGAUUCUCAAGGUAUGAAGUUUUCUCCGAUUCCAUGGACCGCAGAUGAAGUGUUUGGUUAUAUUAGUCUUGAUCAAUCAACUUUCUUGAAGGGAACAAUGAUUGCUUCACUUUUCCCUUCAUCUAGACGUCGUAACCGCAAAGGAAAUAAGAAGGGCGUGAAGAGCAAGGCACAAACCAAAAUUUCUGUUGAUAAUGGCCUGACAUGGUCCAACUUGAAAAUCGUUGACCCGGAAAAUGCUGAUUCAUUCGAGUGUGAUAUUACAGAUUUUGAGAAAUGCUCACUUCGAACUAGAUUUUAUCCAAUAGAGGGUUCGACUCCUGCUGCCGGAAUCCUAAUGACAUUGGGUACUGUUGGCGAUGGCAAUAUAUACGACUGGGGAGACCAAAGAACUUUCAUUUCUAGAGAUGGUGGUUUAACAUGGAGAGUGGCCUUUGAAUAUCCUUGUCUGUACGCUAUUGGCGAUUACGGAAAUGUCAUUGUGGCUUUGCCAUUUAAUGGAGAUGAAGACGACGAUCCUCAAUCAGAAUUUUACUAUUCCUUGGACCAAGGUAAGACUUGGACCGAAUAUCAGUUGGAAACCACUAUCUUUCCAGCAGAAUUGAUGAACACAACGCCAGAUGGAUCUGGGAGCAAAUUCAUCCUGAAUGGGUUCACCAUGUCUAACAUGGACAGUUCAGCAAAUUUCAUUUAUGCAAUUGACUUUUCCGCCGCUUUUGAUGGAGAAUCUUGCAAAGACGAUAAAGAUUUCGAAGAUUGGAAUUUGGCUGAAGGGAAAUGUGUCAAUGGUGUUAAGUACAGGUACAGAAGAAGAAAACAGGACGCUCAAUGUUUGGUCAAUAAAGUAUUCGAGGAUUUAAAGUUAUAUGAAACUGACUGUGACAGCUGUACUGCGACUGAUUACGAAUGCGCGUUUGAAUUCGUCAGAGAUGCAAGCGGAAAGUGCGUACCUGAUUAUAACCUGAUAUCUCGUUCUGACGUGUGUGAUAAGACAAAGAAGAAAACUGUCCCCGUAAAGCCAUUGCAAUUAAUCAAUGGUGAUAAAUGUAAAAAGCCAAUGUCAGUGAAAACCGUGGACAUUUCAUGUGAAGGUGUUCCAAAGAAGGGUACGAAUGACAAGGAAAUAGUGGUCACAGAAAACGUGCUUGACUUCAAAAUCCAAUUCUAUCAAUAUUUUGACACAGUAACGGAUGAAUCACUAAUCAUGAUAGACUCAAGAGGAGAUGCCUAUAUAUCUCAUGAUGGUGGACAAACAAUAAAGAAAUUUGACGCUAGCGGGGAAAAAAUUGUCGAAGUUAUUUUUAAUCCAUACUUCAAUUCUUCUGCCUAUCUAUUUGGCUCUAAAGGUAGCAUAUUUUCCACCCACAAUAGAGGGUUUACUUUUCUCAAUACCGAGUUGCCUGAAGCCAGGCAACUAGGCAUGCCUUUAGACUUCAACGCUAAAGAUCAGGAUACGUUUAUUUAUUAUGGUGGCAAAGAUUGCGAAUCAAUUUUCAGUCCCGAAUGUCAUGCGGUUGCUUACCUCACCAAAGACGGUGGUGAGACGUUUACUGAAAUGCUCGAUAAUGCAAUUCAUUGUGAGUUUGCAGGCUCACUUUUCAAAUAUCCUUCUGAUGAGGACAUGAUCAUGUGCCAAGUGAAAGAAAAAUCUUCACAAACAAGAACUUUAGUUUCUUCAACAGAUUUUUUCAAAAGUGAUAAAAAAACUGUCUUCGAAAACAUCAUCGGAUACUUGUCUACUGGUGGCUAUAUUAUCGUUGCUGCUCCUCAUGAAAACAAUGAAUUGAGGGCGCAUGUUACUAUUGAUGGUGCCGAAUUCGCAGAGGCGAAAUUUCCAUAUGAUGAAGACGUUGAAAAGCAGGAGGCGUUCACAAUUUUAGAGUCUGAAAAAGGAUCAAUAUUUCUACAUUUAGCAACAAACCUAGAAUCAGAACGUGAGUUUGGUAAUCUCUUAAAAUCCAACUCAAAUGGUACUUCGUUUGUCACCCUGGAACACGAUGUUAAUAGAAACACCGCUGGUUAUGUAGAUUUUGAGAAAAUUCAAGGUUUGGAGGGCAUUAUUCUGAUCAACGUCGUUUCCAAUAGUGAAAAAGUUUCCGAGAGUAAGGAAAAGAAGCAAUUGAAGACAAAGAUUACGUUCAAUGAAGGUUCGGAUUGGACCUUUUUGACACCUCCUAAAAAGGAUUCAGAAGGAAAGAAGUUUUCCUGUAGGUCCAAAUCAUUGGGUAAAUGCUCAUUGCACUUACAUGGUUACACUGAACGUAAGGAUAUCAGAGACACAUACUCUUCUGGUUCCGCGUUAGGAAUGAUGUUUGGUGUUGGGAACGUUGGAGAGAGUCUUCUACCAUAUGAAGAAUGUUCCACUUUCUUCACCACUGACGGAGGUGAGACCUGGGCUGAAGUCAAGAAAAGUCCCCACCAAUGGGAAUACGGUGACCAUGGUGGAAUCUUAGUUUUGGUUCCCGAAAACACAGAAACUGAUACCAUAUCCUACUCCACUGAUUUCGGUAGAACAUGGAAAAAUUAUAAAUUCUGCGAUGAUAAAGUUUUAGUAAAGGAUAUUACUACCGUUCCUCGAGAUUCUGCCCUGAGGUUUCUACUAUUUGGGGAGGCGACAAAUAUUGGAGGUGGUUCGUUUAGAACCUACACAAUUGAUUUUAAGAACAUCUUCGAAAGACAAUGUUACUCCCACCUUGGACCCCCGGACUAUAAAUAUUCUCCUUUGGGUUCUCAAACUGGUUGCCUGUUUGGUCACAGAACCGAAUUUUUACGUAAAACCGAUGAAAACUGUUUCACUGGGAAUAUUCCUCUAUCUGAAUUUUCAAGAAACACUAAAAACUGUUCAUGUACAAGACAAGAUUUUGAGUGUGAUUACAACUACUAUAAAGCCAAUGAUGGUACUUGUAAGUUAGUCAAUGGUUUGAGUCCAGCAAAUGCCACCGACGUUUGUGAGAAGAAUUCAGAUUUGAUUGAAUACUUUAAAUCUUCAGGUUAUAGAAAAAUUCCUCUAUCAACCUGCGAAGGUGGCCUAAACUUAGAUACUCCUUCAUCACCACAUCCUUGUCCAGGAAAAGAGAAGGAAUUCAAGGAAAAAUACUCUGUAAGUGCUGGUCCUUUUGCAUUCAUUUUCAUUACAAUUCUUCUUGUAAUCUUCCUUGCCGCGUGGUUUGUAUACGAUAGAGGUAUCAGGAGAAAUGGAGGUUUUGCAAGAUUUGGAGAGAUUAGGUUAGGCGAUGACGGACUGAUAGAAAACAAUAGCACUGACAGAGUUGUUAACAAUAUCGUAAGAUCAGGAUUCUACGUCUUUUCGAAUAUUGGGUCUUUUUUCCAGCACACAAAGGCAAAUAUUGGGCAUGUCGUUUCCAAAAUCAGGGGAAGAUUUAGCAACAGAACAAACCCAAGCUAUUCAUCGCUGAUUCACGAUCAAUUUUUGGAUGAAGCAGAUGACUUGCUUGCUGGUCAUGACGAGGACGCUAACGAUUUAGCUAGUUUUAUGGAUCAAGGCAGUAAUUUUGAGAUUGAAGAGGAAGAUAUUCCAACACCCGAACAAGAACACACAUCCUACACAGAUCAUCCUACUGCCAGCGAUAUUCCUGUUGCAUUGCCAGCGCGUAGUGAAGAAGACGCUCACACAUCUAACGCAGCACCUCCACACGACGGAGAUGCGUAG